AAAGAUUCACACACACACACACACACACACACACACGCACUCAGCUUUGUGUUCACAGCGCAGGUCAGUCAGCUUGCUUAACCUGCUGGUACCAACAACACACUCCCUUAGCCGAACUCUCCAGAGUGGAUUUCUCCCAACAGGAAGAGGCUUCUUUUGCGGUUUUGCCUCUGUUUUCUCCUUGCUUCUCAAGUGUCUUUCGCUCUCUUUUUUUUCCUUCUUCUUCUUCUUAACGCUCUUAACCAGUAAUUAAACACAACACGAAGAGACGGGGGAGAGCCUUUAUCAGUGUUUCAUUAAAACCUCAGGGUUGGCGUGGAAAUGACAAGCGAGAAGCCGGUGGCAAUGCCGGGCUCGCUGUCGCUCUCGGACCGUCAGCCCGCUCCAGGUCACGGGCAUCGCGGAGCUGCGGUCCCCGCUGCUGCCACCGGGAAGCCAAUGAUGAUGUCCGGCUCAGGUUCAGUGGUCCUCCCGGCAGGCAUGAUCAACCCUGCGGUUCCUAUCCGGAAUAUCAAGAUGAAAUUUGCUGUUCUUAUUGGACUCAUCCAGGUCGGCGAGGUUUCCAACCGGGAUAUUGUGGAGACGGUGCUCAAUCUGUUGGUGGGGGGAGAGUUUGACCUGGAGACAAACUUCAUUAUUCAGGACGCUGAGAGCAUCGGCUGCAUGGUGGAGCUGCUGGAACACUGCGAUGUCACCUGCCAGGCUGAGAUCUGGAGCAUGUUCACUGCCAUUCUUCGAAAAAGUGUUCGAAAUCUGCAGACGAGCACUGAAGUGGGGCUCAUCCAACAGGUGCUGCUCAAAAUGAGCUCAGUGGAUGACAUGAUUGCAGACUUACUGGUGGAUAUGCUGGGUGUACUGGCCAGCUACAGCAUCACAGUGAAGGAACUGAAGUUGCUCUUCAGCAUGCUCCGAGGAGAAGGUGGCCUUUGGCCAAAGCAUGCAAUCAAAAUGCUGUCGGUGUUAAAUCAGAUGCCGCAGAGACAUGGCCCGGACAUCUUCUUCAACUUUCCUGGCCGCAGCGCAGCA